UCAGUUUCAGUGUUAACAAUGGCUUUUAUUGAGAACUUUGAGUUAAUACGAAUUCCUGUGGAAUUCUACAAAACAAUGGGUCAAGAUAUUUUCGAAACUGCAAAACAUAAUCGAUUAAAAUCAAUCAGCUUGAAGAUAUUACUCUAUGGAGGACUUGGUAAUUACAUUAUUGAAUAUAUGUUGCAAGUAGUCUUCUUCGUUUUAGCUCUAAGAUCCAAUGAAUACCUUGUUGCUUAUGCCGUGGCUCCAUCUAUUGGCUUUGGGCUUGUGGCAUAUUUUAAAAUGAUGACAUUACACAUGAAUAGAUCUUCAAUUCGAGAUAUUCUCAGGGAAUUCGAAUUAAUCUACCCCAAAACUAUGGAACUACAGAGGGAUUAUCAAAUUGAGAAAUUCUAUAGACUUUUGAAGCCUAUCAUGAAGCUCUAUGCUGGCUUGUGCCUUAUGAAUACAUUCUACUAUCUCUUUUUUCCACUUGUCAAAUCUGUAUCGGCUUGCUUGUUGUUUGGAGUUAAGUUCGACUUUCCCCUGCCGUUAUUCAUUUGGUAUCCUUAUGAUCCAAAGGGAAAUUGGACACUUUAUUUAUUAACCUAUGGUAUGCAGCUUUAUGGAUCCUUACUUACAGCUGUCGGCUAUUUGACAGCAGACUUGUUUCUAGUUUCGUCAGUUGAGCAAUUGUGCAUUCAUUUCAAUUAUGUUUCGUUGAGAUUCGAACAGUUUGAGCCAAGUUCAGAUGAGAACAAUCAUCGAUAUUUAGCAAGAAUUGUGAAGCACCAUAUUAAGUGUUUGGAAAUUAGCGAUUCAGUGGAUAGAAUUUUUGGAUUUUCAUUGUUUUUAAAUUUUUUCGCAUCUUCUGGAACUUUAUGCUUUGUUGGUUUCCAAGUGACUUCUGCAACAAUUGAGGAACUUCUUCAAAACAUUGUCCUAUUGGUGACAUCGUUGUCUCAGGUCUUCAUAAUAUGUUUCUAUGGAAAUAAAUUAAUUUAUACUAGUCAAGCUGUUGGAGAAGCUGCUUUUGGUCAUGCCUGGUAUAUGUGCAACAUGGAAUAUCGGAGAAUGGUGGCUUUGGUUAUAACUAGAAGUCAAAAGAUGGCAGCUAUUCAUGCACCAACUUUUCCACCCAUAUCUCUGGAAACGUUUAUGAAGGUCAUAAGUAUGGCAUAUCAAUUCUUUGCCGUUAUUCGGACGACUAGUGACAACUAAAGCAAAGAUGAAGCCACCAAAAAAGGAAUUAUAAAUUUAAAUUCAAAAUAAACAGAAACGAAUUGUGUACCAAGUAAUAAAGGGAAUUGUAUCAAGCAAUUA